AUGAACUCACAGCUUCUUCCCGCCGCAGCUGCCGCCCUAUGUGCUGUUAUCCUGCUCGCCCUUAUGCGCCAUUUCAUGCGUGUACCUCCACCCGCGCCCCUCGAACACCAGGACAAAUCCAUCCCAAUCUCCAUUUCCUCUUCGGCGGUCUCUACCCCAGGCUCAGAUGUCGAAAAAGGCGAGACACCGCCUCCGACUGCUUCCUAUUUCCCAGACGUCAAGAUUAAACCUGAGUCCACCGAAGAAGUUUGGCCACCCGUUGAGCGCGAGACCGAGGAGCCUGCUCCUACUCUUGCUGGAACCUUGCCCGAUGUUGCGCUCGUAUGGGGAAUGGAUUAUCAAGAUGAGCCUGUACAGACCCCACCUGCCUCCGCGACCACGAACAUUCGAUCUAUGCGCACCGGCGGCAGCCUUAUUUCAGGCAUAGUCAGUGACUGGAACUCGCUCAGCCAGAGUGAACAGCAAGCAUGGGCAACCCUGUCCGAGGCACGAGCCUCUCGUUCGCGGGGUACACACAACAUUCGGAUUCUAUCUAUCCUUGCGUGGGAGGCAAACAGUGUGAGCAUCACAUUUCUGACUAUGGCGACGACAGCACCGCCAGACAUGUAUGGCGCGGAUGCCCGACAUUGCGUGCGACCCAAGAGAGAGGCGCUACCACGAUAUAUCAACCACUCUCGAGCCGAUUGUCGGGAUCUCUCCUUUCUUAUCCCCUCCCCUUCUCCCAAACUAGUGCCCCCUGUCGGGGUUCGAAACCAUGCAAUUGUGCUUACCAGCGACACCGGGCUUCUUGUUCACCCUCGCAGCUACGGCAUUACUAGCCGUCGUGUCCUUCUCAGUCCCUGGUUCAAGUCCGUAUACUUCCUCCGCGCUGCCAUUUCUCAAUCCGGAGUCAGCGGAUCUGUGACGUUUGGAGUGCUGGGCUAUUGUUUGGACUUCAACAACCAAGUACAAUGUUCAAAACCGAGCGUCGGAUGGGAGUUUGAUCCCAAUUCAUUACUGGGCAACGAUCUGCCCAUUCAGAUUCCCAACGUCGUCGUCAAAUGGAUUACCUAUGCGCUUGUACUACACAUUGUCGCACUCGGUCUCGCAGGUGUCUCGGCCGUAUUCGGUCUGCUCGCCCAUGUUCGCAACAUGACCAUGUCAUGCAUGUCGUCCUGUAUAUCAGGCACAGCCGCUGCAGUUGCCCUCAUCGCAUUCAUAUUCGACCUCGUCUUAUUUUUCGCCGUGCGUGCGAGAGUGAACAACGUCCAAGGCGGGUCGGCGAGCAUCGGGAACGCGCUGUGGAUGACGCUUGCCGCCUGGGCGCUCUUGUUCUUCUCUGGGUGCGCUUAUGCCUUUGGAAGGUGCUGUGUUUCCAAAGGGCCCAGCGGCACCGGCGGGGGGAGCGGCUGGAGGCGGUCGCGCAAAGAUUCCGAGCGGACCAAGCGCGGCGAUGAUGAGGACGAUGGGAAAUUCGAUAGGGAGAGCGAGCGGAUGCGCAUGGACGCUAUUAGAGCCGAGAAUGACCGCAAGGCCCGUCAACGGGCGGAACAACAAGAGGUCGGUCUCCCUGCGUUUUAUGAGUACGAAAGGACUCCGUUGAGAAGAGAGGAGCCGCAGUAUUAUGAAGAAGAGGUCGAGGUGAUUGUGCCUUAUACUGAUGGACAUGGGCGGGGCCCUUCGAGAGGCUCUCAGCGGUCUCAGCGUACUCAACCGUCCGGUAGCGCGGCCUCAGCAGCGUAUCGUCCAAAUAGGAAUUACGAGCCUGGUGCUCCGGGAACGAGAGCUAUAGACGACUAUUAUAAUAAUACUGCGCCGACUGCUGCUUCCCUUGCUGCCGCCAACACCUACCCACCUCAACCUCAACCUCAACCACAACGACAGCCCUCUCAACCAACUCAGCGACAGGGUUCAAUCGGACAGCCUCAUCGUCAGGCGAGCUCUCAUUCGGCCAGCUACGAUCCUUACGGACAGACUCAACAAAACGUCCCACCUGUACCCUCUGUACCCCAAGUAUACAGCUCUCCUCCGACCCGUUCUGCCGACCCGUACGCAGCCAUGCCUCGGCCCCAGCCUCAGUCACGCGUCGAUCCGUAUUUGACCAUAGCUGGUGCUGUUGGUGGAGCGACGGCCGCGACUGGGCACGCCGCUAACCGUAGUCGUAGUACCGAUUCCUAUAACCAUCAACAAUAUCCUUCUUCGUCUCAUCAACAGUACCCUUCCCCGUCUCACCAACAGUACCCGUCCGCUUCGCAGCAGUAUACCCAGGCUCAAGGAUAUCAGGAUCCCUAUGCGGGCAGCAGCUAUAAUCCUCAAGCAGCAGUGAUGGUCCCUCCUCAGCCUACACACUAUCAGGACAACUCGAAUCCAGGGUACCAGGGAUAUGAUGGCGCUCAGCAUCAGCAAGGCUACGAUUACUAUGCCCAGGACCAACAGCGCGAUCCGUAUGCCCAGCGCCAAGGAUAUGAUACCUAUGGCCAGCAGCAACAAGAAUAUGAUUCGUAUGGUCAACAGCAACAAGGAUACGAUCCGUACGGUCAGCAACAGCAGGGAUACGAAUCUUAUGGCCAACAACAGGGAUACGAAUCAUACGCCAACAACGGGUACUCGCACCAACAGCAACCGCAUUCCCCAGCUGGACCCGUGAUUCAACCUCAGCCUAUACCAUCUUCAAUGCCUCAGCCCCACGUCCAAGAGCCCGAACCGCGAAACGUCGUAGCGUCUCCGGAUCGUGGGCUGGUUGCGUCGCCCAGUCCGAUCGGAAGCCCCUCAUAUACGCCGCACCCCCCACAAAACAUUAGUACGGGUAUUGCGAGCGCCGUUGCGGGUCCCUCGUCCGGACAAGGUCAAGCGCAUGGACACCAGCACCAAUGGAGUGUAGGUGCGAGGUCUGAGGAGAGUACUGGGGAAGCACCUCCGCAAACAAAGCCCGCGCCUCGUCCUUUCUCUGAAUUGGAAUCAUCGGUGGGAGCUUCUCGAUCUCGCAACAUACCGACUACCCUGGGAUUGGCUGUCACUUCUCUUCCAGUCUCGCCAACCUUUGGGAGCUUUCGCAAGAGUACCUUACCUGCGGCUUAUCAAGGCUCCAACCUCACACCGCUGUUUAGCGAGACUGAUGGAACUUUGGCCACUUCCCUCGUUCCGUCACUGCUUGAUCCCUUCCUUUGCCAAACCGACCAGUCCCAUGCGUCAUUGGAUAUUUUUGAUUCAGCUACUGGGAUAUUUUCGCGGGUGGACACUCAUAACUAUGAUCUGGGAAUAGAAGUCCUCUUGCCCGAGGGUAGCCUCGCUGAGGACAUCGCGACCCAGGAUUUCGAGGGGAUACAGCCGCUUUUUUGCAUAGUCCCCACUAUGGAUAGAAAUAUAAAAGAAAACACUCUUUCUUUCGUGCUUCAGUGUUAUUCACAAUGGGCCAUCCUGGAAGAUAUUAUUACGUAUUUCUCGUCCGAAGCCACUCGAUCGAGGACCAUCUUAAUAGCCAAUUUUAUGAGAAUGCUCUCAAGUAACCCCUCGGUCAAUUCUACUGGGAUGCCUAUUGUCACUUACUUGGCCUCCGAAGUCCGAGAAGAGAUUCAAACUUUUAUGGCCACGCCGCCUCCCUCCGCGCCCAUAGUAGACAGGCAAAAUGCGAUGCGCAUAUUGAACAACACACUCGAAGUUAUGACCUUGCAAAUAAACGCUUGUUCAAUGGCUGCUUGUAUUGAAUCAAUGGAUGACAUCGCACCCGUAUUUCGGCGCGCAUGCUCUGAGCCGCUGGACCGACCGCUCAAUCUCACGAAUAUAUUAAUGGGACCCAAUCUGAACCUUCGGCAUUUCGUGUCUCUUGACAUCAUGGGAAGCGUAACCAACGGUCGGCCUACGUAUUUCAAGUACGAAGUGGCUUACUCUGCCGAAUUGUAUAAUCGAAUGUCUCAGCUCCAAGAAGAUCAUGGCUUACAAUGGCUCCAUGGACUGCCAGACCAGUUUAUUAUGAUAUUCGCAUGGAUUAACUCUUUGCACGAAACUCCUGGAGCUAAUGUCGAUAUUGAGCUAGUCACUCGGAUAGAAAUGGAGAUCAACCAAGUCGAGGUGAUUUUAGGUCCAUCUGGCGACCCGGCUUUGAAAAUAGGAAGGACAGCGGUGCGCGAGUGUUGGCGCAUGGCCCUGCUCAUAUAUCUCUAUAUGGUCCUUUGUGAAGCUGAUGCCAGCGAUUGUCGUGUUGUGCGCACCAUGAAGAGCUUUAUGAGAGUUGUCAACAGGACCAAACCUGGCAGGAUCCCCGACACCUAUCUGGCCAAUCCUAUGAUAAUUGCCGGGGUUGCUGCAUGUAAAGACCGAGACCGCAAUAUUAUUCGUCAAAGAAUGCUCAGUGUCCCGGAAUGUAGCACACCGGGAACUUCCGGUCAUGAUGCCAUCAGAAUGCUGGAAGAUAUAUGGAUGAGAACGAGGAGUCAAGAGCGGGCCGCUGUAUGGGUGGAUCUGAGGAUAGCAUGCUUGAAUGUCACGGGUGUGACUGGUCACCAACGCUCAUAA